AUGAAAUGGCGGUUGCAUGGAACUCGCAUCCGCCGCUGUUUUCGCAGUAGAAUUGCUAUCACUAAUACAACAGACCGUGAGAGAUCCUCGUAG